AUGCAGGUGAAAUGGAUGAAGAAUUCAGUCCACAUUGUGGCAAGACGGGAAUUCAUUGAAUACAUGCUCAACGACCGGAGGGCUAUUGAGGUGAGCGAAGCUCUGCGCAAGUUCGCGUACACGACGGUCCCCGAUGAACAAUUUUACGGCACCCUAGCCUACAAUCCCCAGCUGGGAGCCCCUGGCGCCUGUCUGAAGACCUACGAGUAUCGCGAUGUGAACGUGACAGGGGCCCGCCUCCCUGGUAUGAUCCGCUACAAACUCUGGUACUCACCCACAUGUCCUACCAAGCUGGUCCAUGGUAUUUGCAUACUCGGAUCACAGCAUCUGCCCGAUCUGAUCAGUUCUGACAAAUUAGUCGCCAACAAGUUUCACGAGGGUUACUACGCCGAAGGAUACGACUGCCUUGAGUACGCGAUUGCCGCUCGAACCUACAUUGGCCCAGCCCCCCCUUCACUCUUUGCCAACCUCUACUGCUCCUCCGAACUCAUAUAA